AUGCAGGAGCCGUGGGAAGUGAGAUGGGGUAUCAUAGGCAAGUCUUCCUGUUUCCAUGUUUCUCUCAGAAUGUGGCGUGUCCUUGACUCACUGUUAUUAGCCACAGGUUGGAUGGCCAGUAGGUUCGUGACUGACUUGCUCAUCGAUCCUCGUCUACGUGGUACCACCGAUAUUGUUCACAAGGUGGUCGGUGUGGCCUCGUCAACUAGGAAGGAAACCGCGACCAAAUUCAUCGACGACUUCGUCCGUCCAACCCAGAAUGAGGAGUGCAUCGCGCACGAGAGUUUCGAGUCCCUUCUUUGCCGAGAUGAUAUCGAUAUCGUGUACAUUUCUACGCCUCACUCGAGUCAUUACAAGAAUUGUCUACAGGCUUUGGAUCACAAUAAAUCGAUUUUAUGCGAAAAGGUCUUGGCUAUCAAUGCUACCCAGGCCUACAAGGUCCUUGACAGGGCCAAAAAAGAGAAUCUUUUCGUGAUGGAGAAUAAUUGGCUUCGCUUUUUACCCAUCAGUACAGCAGUUCGGAAAUACAUCACGUCAAAUAAGCUUGGACAUAUUAUCAGAGUCUAUGCAGAUCUAUCUUACGGGGAAAACCCCGAGUCUUGGCCGGAGGGUCACCGAUCUAUCAACCCGGAUCUCGCCGGUGGUUGUCUUAUGGAUAUUGGAACUUAUAGCCUUACUUGGAUUUUGCAAUGUCUUUAUCAUACAUUGCCGAGCAAUCUUCGCCAGAAACCCAAGGUUCAGAGUUUGAUGUCUCUGUAUUCGGCUGCCGGAGUUGAUGAAACCAGCACCGUGAUUAUGGAGCUUGCAUCACCACCGUAUGGGAAAUACAAAGCCCACGGCAUUGCAACGACGUCCUUUCGAACAGAUUGGGAUCCUAAUAAAUGCCAAGAUUCUGUUCCGUGUGUUCGGAUCCUAGGCUCGAAAGCAGAGUUGCAGAUCUUCGGUGGACCGGCUUCGCGCCCGCAGACAAUCAGGAUUAUCCCUCAGUUGCGGGGCAAUGCCAAAUCAAGACUCCAGAUGGGCGGAGCAAAAGGUACGGAGCAAGGUGAUCUCGAAGUGAUUAACUUUGGGGCACCUGGUGAGCCUGGGGGAGGACGUGGAAUGUUCUGGGCCGCGGAUGAAGUAGGGAGGAGCCUGAGAGACAAGGAAAUUGAGAAUAAAAUCAUGCCCUGGCAGGAGACUCUCUUGAUGAUGGAAGUACUUGAUGAGGUCAGACGAGCUGGAGGUCUACACUACCCGGAUGCUAUUGAAAAGAUCUGA